GGUAAUGAGGUCGCUCACUUGCUGUCUGCCCUGCACCCCUCCGGGAUACAAGGACCAGAACCCAGCAUGUCGGACCAGUCGGCGUUUGACACGGAUGUAUGGACCCUGACCAGGUUCGUCAUCGAGACCGGUCGCCAGGCCAAGGGGGCGACCGGUGAGCUGACACAGCUCAUCAAUGCCAUGCUGACUGCCAUCAAAGCCAUCUCCUCUGCUGUGCGUAAGGCAGGCCUGGCUCAUCUACAGGGCUUGGCAGGCUCUGUGAAUGUGACGGGGGAUGAUGUGAAGAAGCUGGACGUGCUGUCUAACGACCUGGUUAUCAACAUGCUGCAGGCAUCCUACGGCACCUGCUGCAUGGUGUCUGAGGAGAACAAGGAGCUCAUCAUCACGCCCAAAGAUAAAAGGGGAAAGUACGUAGUCUGCUUCGACCCUCUGGACGGCUCUAGUAACAUCGACUGCUUGGCCUCAAUUGGCACCAUAUUUGCCAUCUACAAACGGGUUACAGAGGGGGAGCCCACAGAUAAAGACGCCCUACAGGCUGGAAACAACAUAGUGUGUGCGGGCUACGCUCUGUACGGCAGUGCUACACUGGUCGCUCUAAGCACUGGCGCUGGCCUUAACUUCUUCAUGUUGGACCCUGCUAUUGGAGAGUUCCUUCUGACUGAGAGGAAUGUGAAGAUAAAGCCAAAAGGAAAGAUCUACAGUUUGAACGAAGGCUACGCCAAGUAUUUCCACCCCUCCAUCAACGAGUACCUCAAACAUAAGAAGUACCCUGAGGAUGGCAGCUCUCCAUACGGAGCCCGGUACGUGGGCUCCAUGGUGUCAGAUGUGCACCGCACCAUCGCCUAUGGAGGGAUCUUCAUGUACCCUGCCAAUGAGAAAAGUCCUAAGGGAAAGCUGCGGCUGCUUUACGAGUGCAACCCCAUCGCUUUCCUCAUCGAGCAGGCAGGAGGCCUCGCUACCACUGGCACCCAGAGGAUACUGGACGUUCAGCCUGAAUCACUCCACCAGCGGGUACCCUUCGUGGUUGGAUCCCCAGACGAUAUCAAUGAGUACCUGUCCUUUGUCCAGAAGUACCAGUAGGCUUAGCUCAUGUCAGUAGCAAGAAAGUAUUUUUGGACUUAAUAAAAAUGGAUAUAAAGAUUAUUUGAAAACAAAACAUAUGUGACCCUUACUGCUCUCAGAUUGUUGUUGACAGUAAAUCUUUUUAAAAAAAAUUAGAAUCCAUAGUUCAGUCAAAAAAUAUUUAAAUACACUAUUUUGUUUUUUUUAAAUAUAUCUUAAAUUUUUUUAAUUCCCUUAAUCACAACAUUUUAGUUUUCUCCUAACUUUUCUUCUUUCAUUGUAAGUCUUCAGACUCAUUCUUCUGUUUCUGCUUUCCUUCUCUGUGUUCCUUAUUUUCUUCCUCUGUGUAGUGCAAUUUUCCAUCUCUCCCUGUCAUCUUUAUUUCUCCUUGAUUCAUUUCCAUUAUUUGAUUCCUCGUUAUUUGUGUCUUCUCUUCGUGCUUUAUUCUCUCCAUUUGAUUUUUCAUCAUUUGUCAAGCACAAGUAUCCAAAAACAGACUGUCCUCUAAAUUAAGUCUUUUUCAUUUAUUUGAUCAAAAUCAAGUUUCCUGUGCAUAUAUUUCAUAAAAUGCUGUAACAGUGGAUAAAAUGAUUUUUUUAAUUAAAAAAACUUCAGUUGGAACCCACAGGAAAUUGACUUAAAGAUUAGCUAAAGUUUGUCUUGUCAACAAUCCAAAACUUUUAAAAGCAUAAAUAAAUAAAUAAAUUAGACAACUUGA